GGACUGACAGAUCCAGCCAGGGCCGGCAGCGCCCGGGGCAGGGCUCCGGAGAGCGGGCCCCACCAUGAGGCCCCAGCCCCACAGGAGCCGCCACGCUCCCCUGGCCCCGGGGGCACCGCGCUAGCCCGCGGCCAGGGCGUGGCGAGGCGAGGACAGGCGAGGCAAGGUGACGAUGGCCAGCCACGUGGACCUGCUGACGGAGCUGCAGCUGCUGGAGAAGGUGCCCACGCUGGAGCGGCUUCGCGCCGCUCAGAAGCGCCGGGCUCAGCAGCUGAAGAAAUGGGCACAGUACGAGCAGGACUUGCAGCACCGUAAACGCAAGCAUGAGCGGAAGCGCAGCACGGGCGGCCGGCGCAAGAAGGUAUCCUUCGAGGCCAGCGUGGCACUGCUGGAGGCCUCACUGAGGAAUGACGCUGAGGAAGUACGCUACUUCCUGAAGAAUAAGGUCAGCCCUGAUUUGUGCAAUGAGGAUGGACUCACAGCCCUGCACCAGUGCUGCAUCGACAACUUUGAGGAAAUCGUUAAGCUGCUCCUUUCCCAUGGUGCAAAUGUGAAUGCCAAGGACAAUGAGCUGUGGACACCCCUGCAUGCCGCGGCCACCUGCGGCCACAUCAACCUGGUGAAGAUCCUCGUUCAGUAUGGGGCCGACUUGCUCGCCGUCAACUCUGACGGGAACAUGCCGUAUGACCUCUGCGAGGAUGAGCCCACCCUGGAUGUCAUCGAGACCUGCAUGGCCUACCAGGGCAUCACCCAAGAGAAAAUCAAUGAGAUGCGGGCAGCACCCGAGCAGCAGAUGAUUGGGGACAUCCAUUGUAUGAUUGCAGCUGGCCAGGACCUUGACUGGAUAGAUGCCCAGGGUGCCACACUGCUGCACAUAGCUGGAGCCAAUGGAUACCUGCGGGCAGCCGAGCUCCUCCUGGACCACGGAGUGCGCGUGGAUGUGAAGGACUGGGAUGGUUGGGAACCCCUGCAUGCAGCUGCCUUCUGGGGACAGAUGCAGAUGGCAGAGCUGUUGGUGUCCCAUGGGGCCAGUCUCAGUGCUAGGACAUCCAUGGAUGAGAUGCCAAUAGACCUAUGUGAGGAGGAGGAGUUCAAGGUCCUGCUGCUGGAGCUGAAACACAAGCAUGACGUGAUCAUGAAGUCACAGCUGAGGCACAAGUCAUCCUUGAGCCGGAGGACAUCCAGCGCGGGCAGCCGUGGGAAGGUGGUACGUCGAGCCAGCCUGUCAGACAGGACCAACCUGUACAGGAAGGAGUACGAGGGAGAGGCCAUACUGUGGCAGCAGCGGAGUGCAUCAGAGGAUCGAACCUCCAUGUACAACGGGGACAUCAGGGAGACCAGGACAGACCAGGAGAACAAGGACCCUAACCCCAGGCUGGAGAAGCCUGUGCUGCUCUCCGAAUUUUCUACCAAGAUCCCACGGGGUGAACUGGACAUGCCUGUUGAGAAUGGCCUCCGGGCUCCGGUCAGCACCUACCAGUAUGCACUGUCCAACGGGGAUGUCUGGAAGGUACAUGAGGUGCCCGACUACAGUGUGGCCUAUGGCAACCCUGGCAUGGCUGAUGCCACCCCACCUUGGAGCGGCUACAAGGAGCAGAGCCCCCAGACGCUUCUGGAGCUGAAGCGGCAGCGAGCUGCAGCCAAGCUGCUCAGCCACCCCUUCCUCAGCACCCACCUGGGCAGCAGCAUGGCCAGGACGGGUGAGGGCAGCAGUGAAGGCAAGGCCCCCUUGAUCGGAGGCAGAACUUCCCCGUACAGCGCCAAUGGGACCUCGGUGUACUACACUGUCACCAGCGGGGAUCCCCCGCUCUUGAAGUUCAAAGCCCCCAUGGAGGAGAUGGAGGAGAAGGUCCAUGGCUGCUGCCGCAUCUCCUAGUCUCUGUGUGAUGGAGGAGAGAUAUGCCUGGCAGGGCUCCCUGGGAUCCAGGCCAGCCCAGCAGCGCUCCCUGGGAUCCAGGCUAGCCCAGCAGCCCUGGCUUGGGGAGGCACCCAAGGGCAGCUGGCGGGAGGUGGGCUCUGCUGUCCAGAGGAGCGCUGACCCCACCUCUCACCCAGCUGCCCAUAGCAUCGCCACUCCCCAUGGUCUGCUUCCUGCUGUGUUGUCUGCUGUCUGACACAAGGCCCAUAUGUGGACCCCGACUCACCCUGCUCUCAGAUUUUGGGAGGACAGGCUUGGGAUGACAGUUCUGUUCUUGGUAAAGGCUUCUCUGGACCAGUACUUGCAUGUCACUUAUCAACACACACACACUCACACACUCAAUCAACUUGUGCAGGAAUGAUGCUCCUGGGCUCAUGGGAAGCAGGCAGGGCUGAGUGAAUUUAGGGGCUAUUCUCAAGAGGAUUGAGGUUAAGACUCAAGAGUUCAGUCACCACCGCCAAUGUGGCUACAGCAGGGGAGGGACCCUGAUACCCUGCUAAGCUGCUAAGCUGAGACCCACAGUCCUACUCAGAGUCAUCCACUGUCUGGGCCACCACCCACACCUGGCAGGGCCAGAAGUCCUCUCUCUGUUCAGAGGGAGCCACGAAUCCACAUGGCUAGAUAAGGUGGGUGUGGACCUGCUCCCCACAGCCCUGCUGAGUAAGUCCUCCUGCCCAUGCCAGGAACCAGCUGUGUGACCACUCAGGGGCCGAGGUGGAAAACCAGGCUCUCUCAUUCCUGGAAUAAUCCAAAUCACAGUUUGCUCUUGGAUGGAAGUAUCAAAAGGGAGGCAAAGUCAGGGUUUCCACAGGUGCGUUUGAUAAACCAGUUCUUUCCGGCGGUGAAGCCCCAGGGGAGAAUGAACUGAAUGUGCUCUCUGUCGUGGAUAAUAGGGUGGCCAUAUGUGUUACUGGUUGUCGUUGGAAAAAUGAAGCCCAGUGAAGAGUUUCUGUCGGAAGGACUUUUCCAGGGAGAGGGCUGAGUUCAUGUUAAUUUCUGAAAACCUCUCUGGUAACCGUGACAGAACCCAGCACUCUGGCCGAUCCUUGUGAAUAUUCAGACUUUCAGGCCAGCACUCCUCAGACUGAGCCAUCAGAUUACAGGUAGCUGGGGCCCCCGCUCCUACUGCCUUAUACAUCAUUCGUGUAUGUAGGGUGCAUACUCAGGACCCUAGGCCCAGCUUUGCCUUUUCCAGAAUGCUGGGGGAGGCAAAUUUGCCACCUGGCCCUUGGGAGUUCCUGCCUGGCCCAGGGGAUCCCAGCCUGUUCCCACUAGAGUGAUUAUGCCCCAAGGCCCCAGAUCCAAGGUGCCCAUGGUGAACACCUGCACUGCAUUUAGUGCUGGGACUGGAGGUGGGUCUCACCCCAGCCCCACAAUUUUGUGGCCCCAGUCUUUCUGAUGCUGGAGAGGGAGGACCACAGGGGCAGGCCACCCUCCACCUCUCGACUGCAAUCUCUCAUCAUCUCAUUUGGGAUUUGUUGCUCAUGAGUUAGGCGCAGUCCCCAGGUUCAGCCAAAACCACUUGGAGUAACCUACACGCUGCAGGUUUGUUCCCUGCUCUGUGCGCCUUUUAUUUGUCCUAAAACUACCUCCUUAGAGCCCCCCUACCCAGGUCCAGAUGCUGGGGUUUGGGGAACAAAUCUGGGUUCCUUUAACCUUUGUCUUUCUGAGCCUAUGAAAAAUUCUUCCUGAGGGGCACCUGGGGCGGGGGGCUGGAAAAGCCCUCCUGUGCCAUACCCUCGUACUAGGCUCUGCUGUCUUCCGGUCCCAGUCUCCACUAUGGUCUCCAUGGCCCCCAUAUCCCAGAGAGGAAGCUGGACCCCAAGGGACCUAGCUGAUACUUUACUAGGAGCAGGGCAGCUGGGCUGGAGAGCAGAGGGCUCUGGGGAGUCACUGCGCCCCUGGUGGCCGCUGAACGCACUGAGGGUCACAGCACCAGACCCUUGGGGCCUGGGCUGGUUUGGAUCCCACCCCCACCCCAACUCCAGGCCAGACCCAGUCUAGGGCAGAGGGGCGGCUCAGGAGACCACAAACAGGUGUGCGUGUCACCUCUCAUGUCCCUGUGUUCUGGGGCGGGCUCUCCAUCAUUUCAGCCUAUGGCUGGAGCAGGGCAGGGAUGAUCCAAAACAGACAUACCUUUGGCUUCAAAACAGUAUUCAGCUCAGACCGACACUGGAAUUGCUCUUGAGCCGACUUGAGAUGCAAGGUGGGGAGUGUCGAGGGAAGCCACAAGCUCCUCUGGAGAGAGUUAUGCAGGUUUUCCGACCGGUUUGCUCAGGUGCCAGAGACUGAGGGCAUUUAUUGCCCUCCCUGAGCCCCAUGGCCAUUCCUCCUCCCCCUUGCUUCCUGUCUCCUGGGUCAUUCUUCUCCCGCCCAGAAGGCUGGGAAUCCCAGCUGUUCCACACCAGAAGCCAGCUUCAGGCAAAGGUGACUCUGGGCAUCAGUCUGUUUUCACCCAGGGAUAAACCAUCCCUUUUAGGGCUUCAAGUACUUGGGGAGCUUUCCCCGUGAGUCUCUUGUGCAUUGAGGGACAAGCUGGGGAAUAACCUUGGGCCUGGAUCAUUCAUUUAUUCACUCCUGUAAUUUCUUGAGUGGCUGCAACCUGCCAGGCACUAUGUUAGGUUCUGAGCUUAAAGGAUGAACAGGCAGAGUGAGGAGAACUGUUCUUCACAGUGUCAUCCCUUGAGGACCUCGGCAUCAGCAGCCCCAUCAGUUUCCCUGGGGCAGUGACUGCAUCCUGCUCCAGCAUCCUUUUGCUUCCAGUUCCUCCAAUCCUUAGAGUAUGAAACAGCUGUCGAGGAUGCCCCUGGAUAACAUUUAUCACUAAGUGCAGAUGCUGGAUCUUGGUUCCAGGCAGAUACCAUCCCAAGUCCGUCUGGAACUUUCAGGGAUAACUGCCUUCAGGCCAGCAUCUCUGGUGGACCAUCUAAUAGGAGUUUGAGGUGAUGUUGGAUGAAUAAGGAGGCUAGAAUUUGCUGCCAAAUACAUCCAGGUUCUUAAAGUCAUUGUCUCUUGCUUAUUUUAAUUAGUCAUUACUUAGCCUCUUCUCCCCACCAACCUCCGAGAGGAAUAGAGAGGUUCACCUUUUAACGUGAAGUCUUUCCUCUUGAGUCUGCCUCUCUCCCUGGCAGGUGUGGAUUAAGGAGCUAGGUGAAGGCUUGCAAGGUUGACCAGAUGCCCAGCUUCUGCUGAGCCCCAGGUCUGGUGGCCAUUUCCAAAGCAGGUGCCACACUGCUCCCACCCUAUGCCCCAGACAAUUGAGAAUUGGUGGUUGUCGCCAGAUUGUGAGUUUCUGGCCAGUAUUUCAGAGAACCAAACCCUGGGCCCAGGUGUACUGAAGGCUCUGGAUGUAAUUCUCCAUCAGAUACGCAGUACUGUUAGAACUGAGUGCACUGUUCCAUCAGUUUCAAGGGACUUAGAAAAGUUAACAAGGGUGUGUCUGCUCUUCUGCCCACCACAGUUUGCUGGCUUUGUAAUAAUGAGAUCGUUUUGGUUACUGGUGUCAGACACCUUUUAAUCUUGAGCUCUCUCUCUGCUACCUGCCCUCCCAGAGCAGAUACUGGGGUACUUUCCAGAAAGGCAUUCUUUACAAGUUGCCCCGAUGGAUUGUAUUUAAUUCUUGCUACAUGUAGCCUGGGGACGGCCUCCCCUCCCCCAGGGCACAUAAGAGCAAAGGGAAACUGGUCAGUGAUGACUCCACAGACAUGACGCCCCCUUGACAGAAGCUGAAGCCCUCUCCUCGACCACAGUCUCCUGUUGGCCAGAGGGCCUGCUUCCCAUGACCAUUGCAAGUGCCAUGGCGGGGGGCCUGGCUCUGCACACCCAGGAAAAGUCUGCAGACCCCCAGCCCUCCGCAAUAAUUCACCAGACCAGAAGCCACUGAUGUACAGAGAACACUUAACAGAAAUGUAUUUUAUGUGAAAAAAAAUUAAAACUCUGUAUACUGUAUCAGCAGCUUUGUGUAAAAAUGGCAAUCAAAAGAGUCUAAUAUAUUUAAAAGUUUUUUUUAAAAAAAUCCUCACGGAUCUUUGAUAUUGUAUUGAAGUAACUUCCAGGUAGCUCCUCGCCAUGCGGCAGUGGUGGGCCUCGUGUGCAAGACCGCGUCUCAACCACGUCCCAAACGGGCUUGUCCCGCAGUUGCUUCCAGCUGCCAAGGCCUGUGAUGGAAUUCGCUGUUAAGAAUUUUUAAUUAAGAUUAUUAAAUUCCUUUUAAUAACACCUGCUAGUGUGGCU